CAAUCUGCUGUUAGUAACUAACACACACACUCACACACCGAGACUCAAUUACUGCCCAAUUCCCUUCUUUAUCAUUCGUCCCCGACCUCUUUCAUAACCAAAACCGACCAAGGAAAAAAAGAGGCGACAAGAAGAGCGAGACGAAGUAUUAGUUGAGCUAAAAGCCCACGUUGGAAAUAAGUAAAGUGUCGAAACUAAAAUAAGGUGUUACAGCAGUUAUGUCAAAGAGCUGAAGACAUCUCUAACAAUAUGGAGUCUGGAGAGCGGCUGGCCUCCCCUGCGCCCACCCUGUCUGCUGCUCGCACCUCCUCCCCUGCGGCCUCUUCCUCCUCCUCCUCUUCUUCCUCUUCGUCAUCGCCUGCUCCCCACUCUAAGAGCAGCCUGGCCUCGAGCCCAUCAGCCCUGGGAUCCACCCUCACCACCUCUGGCCGUCUAUUUGGAGCAGCAGGAGAGCAGCCCUUCAUUGGCUCUACAUUGUCAAGUGCCUACCCUCUGGUGAACCACCCAGCCUUCGGAGCCCUCUAUACUGCCGGAGCAGGCAGACCCGAGUUUGGAGGCCUGGGCUCCCUUGGGAUGUCAGCUGCUCUGGCUGCCCACCCCCAGCUCGGAGCCCUGUCUGAAUGGUGGCGAGCUGCUGAAGCCCACGGACGGGGAGCUGCUGCCUUUCUCCCCUCCUUCAUAGGCUUCCCUCCAUUCUUCGCCCCUCACAUUCAGCCCAAUCACAACGCUAGUCCUAUUCAGAUCAGGACACCUGGCAAGAAUAGCCAUGCCCCACCUAAAGGUUUGAAUGGUGCAGUGAAUGGCAGCGGGGUCUGCCCUCCCACCACACAAUCAGGGAGCUUUUCUGCAAGUCCGACUCCUGUUCAGGCCCCAACAAAGCCAGCCAAAAAUCCAGACCCCUCUAACAGCCACUGUAGCAGCCCACAGAACAAUCCAGCCGAGUUGGCGGAGCAGAGGAUUCAGAAAACUAAAGAGAAGAAGCCACGAAAGAAGCCAGCAGACACUUCUUUGGUGAGCAAUAGUGAAUCAGGCUCAUCCUCAGACAGCUCAAGUGACGGGUCCCUCAGCAGUGACCUGGAAGACCUAGCAGAGGAUGAUGAAGAUGAUGAUGAUUAUGACGAGGAUGAUGAAGAAGAGGACAAACAGAGUGAAUUAUCAGACUCUGAGAAACGGACAAAGAAAAAAGCAAAGGUUUUGAUACCCAGCUCUGGAACUGCAAAGACUGACAGGCCACUCUCUAGGGAGGCCCAGGACAAGAAAGAAACCCAUGCUGCUCAGAAGGUGCCCUCUAACCCCCCGACCCUCGUUCCCCUACCCUGCUCUGUGUCCCCUCCUGCCUUGUCCCAAACCUCAGCACUGGGGCUGCACAGCUCCAGGUCCCGGACCGAGGGACCACAACAACACUUCAGUGUGAUUCAGUCCACCGGCCUGGCUGCCAACCCAAAACCUCUGGCACUCCUCACUCAGCCCCGAAGGGAGUCUUCGCCGUCUUCCUCCCCCAUAGCUCUCACCACAUCUCCAAAGGCACUCUCUAGCACUGCCUCUCCCAAACCUCCCAAACUGCUGCCCUCCUCCUCCCCACAGCACUUGCCCCUCUCCCUCUGCUCUUCCCCAAAGCCCCUCUCUGUCCCUUCUCCGCCCCGCUCAACUCUCCCGGCAUCUACCUCCCCAAAACCGUUCAGUUUGACCUCAUCAUUAACAAGCUCCCAGAAGUCCUUGCUGAAGCCACCAAAGCAUGCUGUUCCUGGCACCGCCAAAUCCAACAAAAGGAAACUGCUGGAAGCUUCACUUGCGCAGAUCAAUGAGUUCAGGCUCAAACAGACUCUCAUGUCCCAAGGGCAGACGUUCCCAGCUGAGCAAAAGAAGCAGCAGCAGAGGCCAAACAAAUCUCCCAGGAGGACAUCGCUGUCUUCACUGCCAUUGCCACCUGUUCCGCCUCCACCCCAGAACAAUCACUCCAACCUCUUUCUUUCGAGUGCCCUGCUGGGUCUCUCUGAACCCCAUCAUCCAAAUGGAGUCAUCCAAAGUACCACUCAGGACGCACCUUUGGCCCUCAUCACCAAACCUCGCAAAGACUCUGCCUCUCAAGGCAAGCCUCCCCAGCGUGACCCAGAUGCUGGGUCGAUGCCUGUCAAUCUGAGCACAGGGGCAAGCAGGGGCCAAGCAACAACCCAGGUUGGUCCUUCGCCACAGCCCUCCACUACCUCACCCCAUGCCACGGGCCAUGGAUCUAGAAAGAACAAGACCCCCAAGGGUAAGGGACAGACACCAGGGCUGGGACAAGCAGACCCUUUAGCUGCCUGGAAGGGCUUCUCUCAGAACCAUCUGGUACAGUCUCUAGUUGAUUUAUUCAGAGGAGGAGAGUCCGGCAUUGGGAUUCCUGGAGUUAGUAUCCCUGGGGUUGGAAUUCCUGGUGUAGGAAUCCCUGGGACAUGUAACCCCACAGCUGGUCUCCCAGCCAAUAAGGAAUCUGAUGACUCAGGAGAUGAUGAUGAUGAUGAGGAUGACGACCUUGAGGAGGAGGAGGAUGAAGAGGACUCAGAUGAUAGUCUGUCAGAGUCAGACAGUAACUCAGAUAGUGACAUCUCUGGGAAAAAAGUGAAGGAGUCAAAGCUGCUGCCGUCUGGAUCAUCUAAGAAGGAGAUGAUUCCUCGCAGGAUUACCAAAGGUCCAGAACUACUGAACACCUCAACCAAUCACACCGCCACCAGCUGCUCCCCUCUAAACCUACAGGUCAUCAAGAGUCCCACUAUUGCCACCAGCUCCAGUGCCUUGGCCUAUCACAGCUCCCCAGGCUCAUCCUCCUACAGCCUCUCCUCUCCAUUAGGUUUAGGGAAGAGGAAGAGGGUGAUGGAUGAGAAGGAGCUAAUGGCACCUCUGGAGAUGGGGUGGAGGAGGGAAACAAGAAUCAAAUCAGUGGCAGGACGCCCGCAGGGCGAGGUGGCCUACUAUGCCCCAUGUGGCAAGAAGCUGAGGCAGUACCCUGACGUGAUGAAGUAUCUAUCCAGAAAUGGAAUAAGUGGCAUCACGCGUGAUAAUUUUAGCUUCAGUGCAAAGAUAAGGGUUGGUGACUUCUAUGAAGCCAGAGAAGGACCCCAGGGUUUACAGUGGAGCCUUUUGAAGGAAGAGGAGGUCAUUCCUCGUAUUUUGGCGAUGGAAGGGCGUAGGGGUCGUCCCCCAAAUUCAGAGCGGCAGCUAGCAGGCGACGGCGCCAAAGGUAACCGACGGAGGAAGGGACGACCCCCUAAUGUGGGCGAUCCACUUCCAACUGAGGGCCCAAGUCCCAGUGAAGUCAAACUCCUGCGCAAACUAGAAGCUCAAGAAAUAGCUCGACAAGCCGCCCAGAUGAAACUGAUGAGAAAACUGGAAAAGCAGGCACUGGCGCGUGCAGCCAAAGAAGCUCGCAAACAGCAAGCUAUCAUGGCAGCAGAGGAGAGGAGGAAGCAGAAGGAGCAGAUAAAGAUUCUCAAGCAGCAGGAAAAGAUCAAGCGCAUUCAGCAGAUUCGGAUGGAGAAGGAACUGAGAGCGCAGCAAAUUUUGGAGGCUAAACGGAAAAAGAAGGAAGAUGCCGCUAAUGCCAAAAUAUUGGAAGCUGAAAAGCGUUUAAAGGAGAAAGAGUUGAGGAGACAGCAGGCGGAGAUUCUUAAACACCAGGAGUUGGAGAGGCAUAGACUAGAUAUGGUAUGGGAGAGAGAAAGGAGGAGGCAACAUGUAAUGCUGAUGAAAGCUGUUGAGGCUCGCAAGAAAGCAGAGGAGCGUGAACGCUUGCGGCAGGAAAAAAGGGAUGAGAAGCGCUUGAACAAAGAGCGUAAACUGGAGCAAAGGCGGCUGGAGUUGGAGAUAGCUAGAGAACUGAAGAAGCCAAAUGAAGAUAUGUGUCUGUCUGACCAUAAGGCGCUUCCAGAAUUCUCCCGCAUUCCUGGUCUCAUCCUACCAGGAUGUGCUGUGUCGGACUGCUUGAUGCUAAUGCACUUCUUGCGGGGAUUUGGAAAAGUUUUGGGACUUGAUUUGAAUGUGGAUGUGCCCACCUUGGGAAUGCUACAGGAGGGCUUGCUCAAUGUGGGGGACAGCAUGGGCCAAGUUCAAGACCUUUUGGUCAAACUGCUUUCUUUAGCAGUCUGCGAUCCCGGCUUGCCACCAGGGCAAAAGACAAAAACUAUGUUGGGGGACCACCUGACAAACGUCGGCAUCAACAGGGAUAAUGUCUCUGAGGUGCUGCAGAUGUACAUGGGAGCCCAUUGUGCCAAUACAGACCUGGCUCCUCUGGCCCUCAGUCUGAAAACCAAAGCCUUCCAGGCUCACACGCCUGCCCAGAAAGCCUCAAUUCUCGGGUUCCUGGCUAAUGAGCUGGCAUGCAGCAAAGCUGUUAUCAGUGAGAUAGAUAAGAACCUGGAUCAAAUGGCAAACAUGAGGAAGGACAAGAUCAUUAUGGAGGGAAAACUGAAGAAGUUGAAGACCAUUUAUGCCAAGCGAACUGGUAAGAGGGAGGCGAGCACAGGUGUGGAAGAGAACCAGUCUGUUGGCACUCCAUCUUCUGCCGCCAAACGCAAGAGGAAACUGGGUGGAGACAGCGAAGACGAUGAAGACGACGAUGAUGACAGCGAUGACCAGGCAGAGGACGAGGAGGACGAGGAGGUGGAAGAAUUUAAAAAAGUAAAAAAAGUAGAGGCAUAUGACGAGGAUGAAGUCGACCAAGCUACCAGUAUUGAGGAGCUGGAGAAGCAAAUAGAAAAAUUAGCAAAGCAACAUCAUCAGACCAGAAGAAAGCUCUUUGAAAUAUCCCACUCUUUACGUUGCAUGAUGUACGGACAGGACCGGUACCGCCGCCGGUACUGGGUGCUACCUCACUGUGGAGGGGUCUUUAUUGAAGCAAUGGAGAGUGGAGAAGCUCCAGAGGAGCUGGAUGAGGAGCGACAGAGGAGGAGAAGAGCAGCAGAGGAGGUCAAAGUAAAAGAGGAACCCCAGGAAAUAGAGUUGCAGAAGGAGCAAUCUGCCAGCCAUGAUGGGCAGAACAUCCGGACACAAAGCUUGGAGCAACAGAAAGAUGAGGACAAGGAGUAUGAGGGGAAGAAAAACUCCAAAUCAUUCUUCUACCAGCAGCCAAGCUGUGUUUCCAAACUCUGCUUGCUCCGGGAUGUUGGCAAGGAUGUUGGUAAAGAGUCUGUAAAGGCAGAGGAGAAGGAGAGUUCCCAUGUGAGACAAAACGGCGGUCCCAUGGGCACUCCUAUCGCCUCAAACAAAGGAACAUCAUCCUCCCCCAGUCACAGCACUCCUGAGCCAGCAGCAGCAACAACUCCCUCCAUGGUGACAAUUAAUGACACAACCAACAUCCCUCCGCCAGCUUCAACCUGUUUAUCUUUCCCAAGCCUGCCAGCUCUACUGGAAAGCCCAGGAAACACUCCUCCAACCUCUUCCCCAGCUCCAUCUCCACACCUUUCAUUCCAAGCCAACGACCAGUUGCUCAGAGUCCUGACAGAGAGGAGUGGACACUGGUUUAGUCUGCUUCCCCGCAACCCCUGCGACCUUUCUUCUCUUACUACUACUCCUCCAGGAGCACCUCGUGGGUCUCCUCAGGCAUCUUCCACCCCAGGCAGACCCAGGUCCCCACCUCCAUCCCCUGCCCUCCCACUUACCCCAUCAGCUGCCUCUGCCUCCACCAGCCCCCACCACCCAGCUGGCCUCCUCAACUACCCACUGUCUGCCCUGCAGGUGAAGUCAGGUGGUCCAUUGCUAGGAGCUUCUUUCGCAAGCUGGCCGAGUGGCAUUAUAAGUCCCAGCCUGCCUCUGUGCAGCAGCCCCAGUCCCAUGUUGGGUCACUCUCUUGAGGGCAACACAGCUGCAAGCAUCUCUAGUAAGAGUGAAUCACCUUUACCUCGUAUUGAAAAAAGUUCUUCAAUGCCCUCUACUGCAUUUGAGAUGCCAAAGUCCCUUGACCACCUCACACCUCGGCCCAUCCCUGAAGAGAUGCUGACAGGGUGGUGGCGAGUGUCUGACAUUGAAGGGCUGAGGGGUUUAGUAAAUGCCCUGCACAACCGAGGAAUCAGAGAAAAGAUCCUGCAGCGGCAGAUGCAGAAAUAUUUGGAGAUUAUCCCUCAGGUCUGCACCAAACACAAAGAUGUGGCCAUGAUUGAGCUCCGUGAGCUGGAGGAGAGCCAGGUCAGUGUGGAGUCGGUGCGGGGUUGGUGUGUGGAGGAGCAAGCAAUGGAAAUGGACAUUGCUGUGCUGCAGCAAGUUGAGGAAUUGGAGAGGAAAGUCACUGCAGCCAGCCUGCAGGUCAAGGGCUGGACGUAUCCAGACCCUCAAUCUGAGCGGGAAGACCUGGUGUACUACGAACACAAGCCGCCCACCAAAUCAACGGCAGCACCAGGAAGCGCAGGAGACAAGGACUCCAAGGAGCAUCCAGAGGAUCGUGGGGAGAAGGGCGGGGUGAUACGUCACCCGGACAACCCGUUGGACAUAGCAGUGACACGUCUGGCUGAUCUGGAGCGCAACAUCGAGAGAAGGUACCUGAGGAGCCCCUUAGGUACCACCAUUCAGAUCAGGCUGGAUAAUGUGGGUACGGUCACUGUCCCUGCCCCCGCCCCAUCCACUAGUGCUGACAGGGAAGGUGGUGAAGAGGAGGUGGCCCAUGGUAUGAAGGUAUGGAGGAAGGCCCUGAGUGAAGUGCGUAGUGCUGCCCAGCUGGCAAUGUGUAUCCAGCAGCUUCAGAAGUCGAUUGCCUGGGAGAGGUCCAUCAUGAAAGUGUAUUGUCAGAUGUGCAAGAAGGGGGAUAAUGAGGAUCUGCUCCUGUUGUGUGAUGGCUGUGACAAAGGGUGUCACACUUACUGUCACAAACCCAAGAUCACCAGCAUCCCAGAAGGAGACUGGUACUGUCCAGCCUGCAUAUCCAAGGCAAGUGGUCCAUCCCCUAAAAGUAAAAAGCCUCCUGCCAAACCAGUUUCUUCUAGUGGAGGAGGUGGUAAAAAAGGAGGCGAGGCGAAGAAGAACGGGAAGCAGACAGGGAACGGGGAAGUGUUGGAAGAAGACUCAGCCAGUGCCAGCAGCACACCCAAGAAAGGAGCAAAGGAUACCAGCAGGAAGAGAAAAGCAGAGGAGAGUUCACCCGCUCUCACUCUGGCCAAUCAGGAGAGCCCUGUCUGUGUGAAGCGAGCUAAGACAGCAAGAGACAACAACAGGGACUUGGGAUUAUGCAGAGUACUUCUUGCUGAGUUGGAGCGGCAUCAGGAUGCAUGGCCUUUCCUCACACCUGUCAACCUGAAAUCAGUCCCGGGCUACAGGAAGAUCAUCAAGAAACCGAUGGACUUCUCCACCAUACGUGAGAAGCUUGUGAGCAGCCAGUAUCAAAACCUGGAGACUUUCAUUAUUGAUGUCAACUUGGUCUUUGAUAACUGUGAAAAAUUCAAUGAAGACAAUUCAGACAUUGGUCGAGCUGGUCAUAACAUGAGAAAAUUCUUUGAGAAGCGCUGGACUGAGCUUCUGAAACAAACAAACUAAAAGUCUGCUCAGACUUUUCCACCUGAUCCUGUUUGACUUUUCAUGUUGGAGCACCAGGUUCUACUUUCAUUCUUCUCAUGGAGGUGGUGGCUUUGCGUGAUGGAAAAAAAAGUCAACCCCUUCUAAGGAACCUGUGAUGUACUUAAGAGAGAUGAUACCUUGAAAAAUAAAAAAGAAAAAAAAAAACGUUGUUACAUGAGGUGCGCUGGAUUUAUAACAACAGGGAUAAAAGCCCCAAAGAGUCCCAGAGAAAUGGGGUGUCCUAGUGCAAUACCAUUCCCUGUCUCAGAACACUGCACUGAAUGAAUCCUCAAAUGUCACUGAUGUAUCUGCGCUAGAAUACUUUCCACUACUUGUAAAUAGUCUUUUGUUAUUUAAUCGUAUUAUAGUGAAUGUAUUUAAUUUUGUAAUAAUUAUUUAUGAAUCAAGGUCCACUUCAUUUUCUAUGAAAAGGAGGAAUCAUCUGAACUGCUUUGAAUUAAAAAAAAAAAGGAAUGUGUCUUUGUGUUGUAAUUUUUCCCAAAUAGCAAACAAAGCCAAGAAAAAAAAAACUGUUUACACUGUUCAGUGCUUUGGGGCAUCAGAGGACUGUAUUCAUUUGUUCAAACUGUAAAACUGCAUUUAUUUACAGGAACAGCAGAGGAAACAGACAAUGGUGAUUCAUGUGUAUAUACUGUUUAUUAAUGUCAAUAUUAUGUCUUGUUUGGAACGAUGUGUACAAAUUGUUUAAGAAUAUUAAGAUAUUGUUUAUGCCUUAGAAUGAUUGUAGCAUUCUAUUUUAGUGAACGUGAUGAAAACAUUAUCAUAAAUAUUGUUUGUACAGUAUAUACAUAUCCUCUGCAAACACUGUGGUAUCCUUAAUCUUGGUAGUGCCUACCCUUCCAACAGGGGCAUGUAGGGGAUGUUCUUGUUUUUAGUUUUCAUUCUUAUGACAAUUAUUUUUUUAUAUGAUUUCAAUCCAACAAGGCCUCCAAAGUUGGACAGUGACACAGAAAUCAUUCCUCAUCAUAGCAGGAAAAAAAGGAAGGAACAACAAGCAUCCAAAUAUGCUUCCAUAAUGCAUUUCCUCGUUAUCUGCCACAAUACAGAGGACCUAAGGCCAUUCGUAACCACUGUGUUGAACCUUGCUGUGUGUUGUGGCCUGAUGGAGGCAGCUAGAGUUUUUUGUACCCAAGUCAAAAGUACUUGAAGUUACUUUUAUUCCACAAUAUCUUAAAUAAAAGUAUCAUUCUUUUGUAGGAGCUUUAUUUUUCACUAGUGUGUGGCACGGACCUAUUAAAAGGAUGUUUUUCAACG